UACUCAAUCAUCACUAAGACAAUUUUGAAAAAGGCCUUUAAGCAAUUGUCAAUGCGCUCAAACAGUGUGGCUUCUAAUAAUGUCCUCCGGAAGGAUCGAUGAACUGUUUCAGGAACUUGUACUAUGGUACAAUUGAUCUACCUCAGCUUGGGACUUUGUAGGCGCAUACAUGGCAAUCGGGCUUUCUUCUUUUACCAAAUGUGUGGAUUCUGUGCAUUAUGAACAAACUUUUUCCAAAACCCACCUGUCACGAAUAUACAGACUUAUGCUAGUUUUCAGGUUUGAAACCUUUUUAAGAUGUAUGCUCCAGUUUUAUAGUGCGCAAGGACGGAAUAAUCAAACAUCACCUAGUGAUAAUCUAGCUUUAAAACUUCACCCUCCUCGCACACAGCUCACUCACCCCGCGGCUCUCCACAGCUAUAAAUAGAGCCUCUACGCCACCCAACCUCAACACCAACCAUCAGGUUAUACUACCUCAUUCCUCUCGUGCUUCUACUAGCUACCUGCAAGCUGUAGAUAUCUGUCAUCUAUCAUCACCAACUUUUCAGUUCAAGCUAGGUAGCUAGCCAUGGCUAGGGUGCUGGAGCCUCUCGUCGUUGGAAAGGUCAUCGGGGAGGUCAUCGACAACUUCAACCCCACAGUGAAGAUGACGGUGACCUACAGCUCCAACAAGCAGGUGUUCAACGGCCACGAGUUCUUCCCGUCGGCAGUCGUGUCCAAGCCACGCAUUGAGGUCCAGGGCGGCGACAUGAGAUCCUUCUUCACUCUGGUCAUGACGGACCCAGAUGUGCCAGGGCCUAGUGAUCCAUACCUUAGGGAGCAUCUCCACUGGAUCGUCAGUGAUAUUCCUGGCACCACAGAUGCUUCUUUUGGAAGGGAGGUGGUGAGCUACGAGAGCCCCAAGCCCAACAUUGGCAUUCACAGGUUCACCUUCGUGCUGUUCCAACAGAAGAAGCGGCAGGCCAUGAACCCUCCCUCCACCAGGGACUACUUCAACACGCGCCGCUUCGCCAACGAGAACGACCUUGGCCUCCCGGUGGCUGCCGUCUACUUCAACGCGCAGCGGGAGACAGCGGCACGCCGCCGCUGACGGAAACAAUCAGCCCAACCCUUCUUCUCUUGCAUGCAUGGCGCAUGCAACAAGCCUAUGGAUCAACCUAUAGCUACUAUUAGCUACCAUCUACAUAUAUCUCCACUCAAAUAAGAGUUUGCUUGUGAGCGUCUUGUGUGUGCUGUUUCCAGUAGUCUUUCUACUGUUCAGUUUUUUCUUCGGUCAAUUUAGUUACUAGUUGAUCUGUGAACCA